AUGAAGGCCUACCGAGAUCUUGAAGGAAACACCCGUUUAUUCCGUCCAGACAGGAAUUUCAGGCGUUUGAAUCAAUCUGCCUCUCGCCUAGCAUUGCCAACUUUUGACGAAGCUGUCAUGGUUCAAUUGCUUGCGCGAUCACCUGGGUUUUCGCUUUACCUCCGCCCUACUCUGGUAGGUACAGAGGCCAGUAUCAGUGUUUCACGUCCACGGGAAGCAAUGCUAUACGUUAUUGCAAGUCCGAUGGGGAACUAUUUCACAAGUGGUCCAAGGGCUGUUUCUCUAGAGGCUACUGCCUCGCCGGUAAGGGCAUGGCCCGGGGGUGUAGGUGACUGCAAAUUUUCGGGUAAUUAUGCACCUAGCAUCGUACCCCAGGAAGAGUCCGGCUCUCGAGGUUUUCAACAGAACCUCUGGCUGUUGGGUGAAGGAGAGAAUGCUUACGUGACUGAAGCUGGCACAAUGAAUAUCUUCAUCGUGCGCAUAAAUAAGCAAGAUGGCAUAAAAGAGCUUAUAACUCCUCCUUUAGAUGGAACAAUCUUACCUGGGGUAACCAGGGAGUCUGUCAUUGAACUUGCAAAAGAACGCUUGGUACCCCAGGGAUGGCGGGUCUUGGAAAAAAAGGUCCUCAUGAGUGACUUAGAAAAGGCUUCUGGUGAAGGACACUUGCUCGAGGUGUUUGGCACAGGAACAGCUGCGGUCGUCUCUCCUGUUCGUAGUAUUCAAUGGCGAGGGAAAACUUUAAACUGUGGUCUAGAAAAUUAUGUCGAGGCUGGGCCAGUUAGUUUGCUCACAAAAGAGUGGAUUGAAAACAUUCAAUACGGUAGAACGAAACAUCAAUGGAGGUAA